AUGUGCACAUGCGUCUGCAAAACCGGUGAAUGCAACAAGGACGCCUUCCAUGAUGAACUCAAUGUGUUGACGACUAAAAUACGGAGUCAGCAGAAGGUCACUGUCGGAAUCGACGCGAAUGGAAACAUGGGACUUGAACAACAGUCCGAUGUGCCAAGAAAAGGGACUAAGCUUUGCGAUCCAGGUGCAUUCACAAAGUGUAUCCACAACGGUGCAAAGGAAACGCUCUCGGUUCAACAGCAACAAGGAAGAAAAUCGCCCUUGCACUCAUCUGUGGAGGUAAAAUUAACACAAAAUUCUGCAUUUGCCAUCCGCAGCACUGUCGAUUUUAACCAAGAAAAGCGUCUGAGAAAGGAAGUUGCGCUCUCAACUGCAAAAGGACCGCAAAAAAAGUGGACGUCAGGAGCGAAGGAGAUUGAAAACGCAUGGGGGAAAGGGACCGGAGCAGUAUAG